AGGAGCCAGAGAGCGGCCGGGCCAUUGGGAAGUGGGCUGUGUUGCUUUAGACUUAGGCUUUUAUUGCCAGGACUGUGAAGGUCAGUGUGACAGAGCAGAGGGUUUGACAGCCUUUGAGUCAUCACUCCCAGCAGAGGCUCUGUCAGAGAGGAACAGGAGCUCGACGGCUAGUGGCAGCAGGCCCAGGGGCUGGUUGCUGUCAGGGUGAAGGUUCAUUCUGUUAUCUCAGGCCCCAAAGAUGCAUCGAGCAGUGAUGGGCAGUGCCUCCCGAGUGCUCCAGGCUACGGUUCAGGCUCCUCUCCUUCUGCCUGGGCUCCCAGCUCCACGUUAUCGCGCAAUGUCUUCACAACAGCUGCUGGUGCCACCCCCUGCAGUACUGUGGCAGCCCCUGGCCAUUCCAGACAGGCUGCUCCUGGGGCCUGGGCCCUCAAACGUCCCUCCUCGGAUCUUGGCUGCAGGAGGUCGGCAGCUAAUUGGACACCUCCACAAGGAAAUGUUCCAGAUCAUGGAUGAAAUCAAGUUGGGAAUCCAGUAUGCCUUCCAGACACAGAACUCACUGACUCUGGCCAUCAGUGGCCCUGGCCACUGUGCCAUGGAGGCUGCGCUUCUGAAUGCGGUGGAGGCUGGAGAGGUGGUGCUGAUAGCAGUGAAUGGAAUCUGGGGCGAGCGCGCAACAGACAUCUCCAAGAGACUGGGAGCUGAUGUCCACCAACUGGUGAAGCCCCCUGGAGAAUACUUUGCACUAAAGGAGAUUGAGGAGGCUCUGGCGCAGCACAAGCCCUCACUGUUUUUCAUCACACAUGGAGAAUCAUCCAGCGGGGUGCUUCAGCCCCUGGAUGGCCUUGGAGAGCUCUGCCACAGAUAUAAGUGCUUACUACUGGUGGACUCUGUGGCAUCAUUAGGUGGAGCUCCCAUCCUCAUGGACCAACAGGGUAUUGACAUCUUGUACUCGGGAUCUCAAAAAGUCUUGAAUGCUCCCCCUGGCAGUGCCCCUAUCUCCUUCAGUGAGCGAGCCAGGAAGAAGAUUUUCAGCAGGAGGACGAAGCCACCUUCCUUCUUCCUGGACAUGGGCUGGCUGGCCAAUUACUGGGGCUGUGACGACAAGCCAAGAAUAUACCAUCAUACUGCACCGAUCAAUAGCUUCUUCAGCCUGAGGGAGGGCUUGGCAAUCCUUGCAGAACAGGGGCUGGAGAACUCCUGGAAGCUUCACAAGGAGAACAGUCUCUACCUGUGUGCAGGGCUGCAACAGCUGGGUCUCCAACUCUUUGUGAAGGAACAGGAGGUGCGGCUCCCUACAAUCACCACCUUUGUCCUACCUGAGGGAUAUGACUGGAAGGAGGUCACAACGUUUAUUAUGAAUAAACAUGCAAUAGAGAUCUCAGGGGGCCUGGGACCAUCGGCGGGGAAGGUUCUUCGAAUAGGACUCAUGGGCUAUAACUCCACCAAAUUCAAUGCGGACCAAGUCCUGCAUGCCCUGAAAGAUGCCCUCCAGCACUGCCACAAGAACAAGCUGUGAGCUGCUCCUAGUGCAGCUGCAGACACAAGUACAAAGAGAUCAUUUCAGGCCUUGCUCAUGCCACUGUCUUCUCCCAAACUCAAGCAGGAGGCUGAAGUGGGACCACUGCUCUCAUUUCCCUCAUGUCUGUUGUACCCGAUGAAAUAUUGGUGAGCGCCAGACCAGCUGCAGCACCCUACGGGGGAAAAAUGAACCAUGCCAUACCCAGGGAGCCAUGCUCCAUUGAGAAUUGAUUAUUAGCAGUGUCAGGUGGAUCUGCACAUAGAUAUUCAGAGUUUUCGCUUUAUUGAUGAAUGACCAAGAUGUGAUCAGGGUAGUGUGGAACUGACAGUGCAAGAGCGGGGAGGUGACUGGGUGGGGGGGAGAGGGGGUAAGGGCAGAUGAGAUGUAUGAGGAGAGGGAUAAAGCGUUCCAACUUGUUGCCAGCUGCAGAACUCCAGAUCUGCUUGGGCUGCCAUCUUACCCAAAUCAGGAGUUUGAGAGAGGCAGCAUGCUACAGAAUCAACCUACACCCCCUCUCAGGACUUUAUCUGGCAGCAUUCAGGUGAAGGAUGAAGAAAAAGGGAUGGGAAGGACUUGAGAGUACAGUGGAACCUGAACCUGCAUCAGUGAGAGUGCUGCUGGGCACCCUGGUGCUCCUGCCUAGCAGCGACAGCAAGGCCAGAGAGGCAAGCACCGAGCUAAAGUUAAGUCCUGGUCUCCUCAGCCAGGCCCAUUCUCUUCCUAUGCUCUCCCCCUUUCACACCCUGCCCUCUUUUAAGACAGCAGGCAUGCAGGCAUGUGCUGAGUGCCAAGGGCUGGACUGGUGCAUCCAUGCCCGCUCUGUUCACACCUGCCCUCCAGCACAACAGCUUCAUGCUCCCUGCUGCACACUGACUUGCAGGCCCCUGGAUUCCUGGGAUCAAGGUUUCCUAUUCCUCCUCCUUCUUGCCCUCUGCCAUGUUGGUCCUUUCAGCAUGAGCACAGCAGCCUGGAGGGGCUCAUGAUCCUGCUUACAGUAGUACCACAAACAGGAAACUACAUCAUCAAAGCAGAUAUUACAACCAAUCAGGGACUUGGAAGCUCCCUUCAACAGCCAAGCUCUACUGGCACACCCAUGCAAAAAAUGUAUGCUAUAUACAUCUGUAAAUUCACUGAUGCACAGGGCAUGACCCCGGAAUAGAUCAUACUGGAUUAAUAAACAGUGACAUAUGGCACAGCA